CAGCUGUCAAAGGAUUGUUUGCAAACAAAGUGAAGCGUCUUUCGUGCAUUUAGCAUUUUUUCCUCCUGAUAUCACUGAUUUUUCGCACACUCAGCAAUAGAAAACAAAAACGUUCAUUAGCAUUACGGUCAAUGUACGCAAUGAAGAGAUCUUACGGAUCUUACACCUAUGCGAACACUUCCCGCCCUUCGCGGGACUUCAAGAGCACAGCCGAAAACCCGCUGAAGGUGGCAAAAGAAGAUCAGCCGGAGCUAGAGGACCCCAAUCUGGUGUACGUCAUGGAACCGGAAUACCUAGAGCUGGAGGAGAACUUCGAGGAGGAAGUGGAGGAAGAGGUCGUGGAGCAGGAGUUCGAACUGGAAAAUGGCGAGUGCGUCCCGGAACAGGACUUCACGUCGCAAUUGGCGCGCCUGGUGAAGAAUAACGAUUGCCCGAAUGACUUCACGGACAACUUGUUAAACCUACUGCGUAAGAAUGGACACGCGGAUCUGCCCAGCGACAAGAAGAGCCUCGUGACGGAGCCACCGCCGCCGAGUGACGACGCGACGCUGGCCAAGAUCCUGGAGAAUCAGCGAUUGAUGAUGCGCAACCAGACGCUCAUCAUGGAGCAGAUGAAGGCGCUGGCCAGAUCACACGCCACGCAGCGCAUCCGACUUGCCGGGAUGUCCGAGCGCUUGGACAAGGUUUUGCCUAGGAAUACCAAAUCCACGCUCAUGUUCCCUAUUAAGACACUCGACGAUUUCCUGGACUUCGAUGAGAGACUUUCCUACGAAUCCUUCCGACUAACAGUUUUUUCUGAACUUUCUCGAGCGAUGCUGUCUGAGACUUGGCUCUUCUCACUGGUCAGCGAUGAUGUCCUGCAUCAUUACAAUCUCAACGGGAUCAAAAAUCAAAGAUCCCUUCGAGGAACAACGCUUUGGAAAGUUCUUGAUGAAAACUUCCCAGAUAAUGAAUUUAUGCAAGACGCUCAUGUUCAGUCCCUGAUCAGGACGUGUCACGCAAGGAUAGCUUCAAGAAGACAGAGAUCAAGAGCUUCAGCGCUCAUGAGAAGUGCUCGAAAUUCAGAGAUUGAUGAAUUAAAUUCUUUGGAUGACGAUUGAUACUAAAAGGCUGUAAGC